AUGAAUGUUUCUGAGCCUCAGGUCUGUACUGCUCGACUGAUGGAGUUAAUCGCGGGAGUAAUUUAUGGCUCCGCUGUUGCCGGCGUCGUUUAUUCCUCAUCUCAGGAACCGUCACCCUCGAUUUCAGCCUCACCUUCUACAAAGAGUCGUCGUAAGAUAAAGUCUUUUGCAUCCUUGAACUCAGAAGAGUCAAUUUCAAUUGUUGUCGGAUCCUGGCCACCAUUAAAUACAAAGACUUCAGAACGACUAGGCUUGAAAGAAGCAGAAUAUGGAAGCAGUGGCGUUGACAAGGAAUUGACGAACAAAGGAGAGGUAAAUGGACAGGCGAAAGGACGAUCUGGCAGGGAGACUGUGAAGAGGGUCAAUGAAAGUAAAUUGGGAGGGAUAGGGACGGUCAAAACGAAAGACAGGAGAUCGAGUAAGCUUGAGAAUGAGGGUGAAGAUAAUCGAGAGCGAGAAGGGAAGGAUAGAGAUAUUGAGGUGGAGUCCAUGGACACAGCAAAACGGCAGCAAGGCAAGGAUGGGUCAAGCGUGGGCGAACAAACAAAGGAUUUGUCGGAGAGACUCGUGCUCCCAUUGGCACCUUCACAGGUUCCUUCGAAGCUAACACCUAAUUCAUCUUCUUCACAGCCUACCAAUCUCCAUUCUUCUAUCUCCCGACUCUCGCACGCACGGCUUCUGCUACUUUCUUCAUCUCAGAUAUUCACUAAUCGUCUGGUGGACUUUUCUCCUCCAGCCUCGACAAUGACUGACGGCUUUGAUAACCUUCGAGAUUUGCCAUCAUGCCUGAAAGUGUUGGGUGAAGAGAUUCGAAGAUCGGUUCCACCAGAAGACGACGGCGGAUCGAUUGGCUUAACUAGAAGAUUCAUGCUGACGCUGUUUCCGAGACGUAAGCUCAGCCUGUUAGUAGGUAUCGUGGCCUUCGCCCGCAUGGAGGUCGUAUUAAAGCCAAACGUCUGCAGUGCUAUGGGGUCUAGUUGUCCUUUUCUGGAUUUGCUAAGUUAUACAGUCAGUUGCGGGCUCGUGGACCAAUUGGCCGCUUAUCUCUCCAACCCUCGACUCACCCUUGUCCUCGUUCAAGCUUCCAGCCAGUCAACCACUUCCCUUCUGCUUGCACCUGUUAAUUUAAGUUCUUCCACUGCUCUCUGUACACUUACAGAGCACAGUUCAUUGAGUUUUCCGCUGACAUAUGACUCAGCUACUACCUCUACAUCUAGCCGUCCCGGCUCUUCGUCUACACUACUCACUGCUGGUUCCUUCGCAAGUGUUACCUGCUGUCCUCGUAAUGAUGCACCGUAUUCUCGACUUGAUCAUCUUGCGCUGGCCGGACUUGGUCUAUUUGAUAGUCUAGUCAGCUUGCUGACUCUUGUUGAUUCAUGCACGGCUUUUAGUACUCCAUUAGAUCCAUCUCGUGUAUCUCCUCAUUUGCAACCUUUGAGUUCUGAGUUCUUAAAGCCAAAGUCAAGCUUUGAUGGGAAUAAAAAUAGAGAAAAAUGCACUAUGGAAGAAGUUGUCGAGGAAGAUACUAGACUCCAUAAUAUAGCCAACAUUGAAGAUGAGUCAAACGUUACAUCUAAUGGCGAUGUUGACCGAAAAAAUAGUGAAUAUGUUUUAAUCACUGGUAGGGAGAAACACAAGAGAGUAGUGAUACACGAUGGGGAUACAAGUGUGUGCAUGAGUGGUGAGGCAAUGGAGCAAGCUGUAGAGGGAGAGAUUUCGCAGGAAUUAGGCGGAUUUAGACAUUUUGAAAAGGGCACGCGUGAUGGCCUCGAAGCUGAGGCGUUGAAGUCAUCACUUUCUUAUCUCGAAAAAUUUUCAUUUGAUGGGCAUGAAGAGACAUCGAUGGCAGUUGAUUGUGCCUCAUCUGAGGAACUUACUUUUAAAGUCCCACCGACUCACUCAAAAUGUUUCCAGGAUCAGCCGAACAAGUGA